AUGAGGAUGAGCCGGUGGUCGUCCGAUACGGCCAGUGCGACCAGGUGGGACGUCGUGGGCUCCGUCUGCCUGCUGGUGCUGGCCUACUCGGUGGGCCUGUGCCACGUGCCUUCACUGGUGGUCAGCGAGCUGCUGCCCCUGAAGCGGUGGCGCUACCUGAGCUCCUCUUUCCUCUGGGUUUGGCGCUGGCUGGUCGCCUUCGUGAUGGUCCACUUCGACAAGGAGCUGCUGAGGGCCGGCGACUUCAGGAGCAUGUCGUUGGCGUUCGGCUUGGCGGUGCUGCUGGUCGCCGCGGCCGCUAUUCCUUUCGUGCCGGAGACCGAGGGCCGCACGUUGGCCGGCAUUCACCGCGACGAGUGA